AUGAGCGCCCCCCCUCCUGGAGGCCGAAAUGGACUCCCUAAGACCUCGAAGCCAAAUCCUCUACGCCCCAUGCGAAAGCGACCUGCCCGCCCUCUAGCUGCGUCGUCAAAGAGAGCGCCUGCUUCAAAUCCCAACGAAACGUCAAUCCCAAAUCAGUCGCGGGCGCAAGCAAAGUUGGUGGAAUCCAGGCCAAAUGUUGAUGAACUACGCAAGCAGUACAACGGUUGGUCGGAGCCUCCACCACAAUACCUGUAUAACGACAUUCCUAUCAUGACAACGAAGAAAGCCUUGCUUGACGGGAUCCGCUAUCACCUGAUGAAGUUUGCCCACUCCAAAGUUGAUGAGGUCAAGCCUGUCGACCCGACAGACCAAGAUACCUUCACCCGGCCGGUAACACUGCACCGACGAGAUGCCCGACAGCCACCACCUGGCAGGGCUACAAAAGAUGAGGUUUCGGACCCGAGCGUUGUGGACGAGAAGGAGCAAGAACGGCUGGCGCAGAUCAAAGCUGAGCGCGAGGCUCAGCGUGCCAUUGACCAGGCCAAGAUCGCCCCGGUCGCAAAGGACAACAACCCCAAACGACCCAAGAAACAAAAAGACGAAAAAACUAUGUUUAACAGGGCACCUAAGUCAUCCGCUGCAAAGAAGGAGGCUGACCUUCGUUAUGAGGAGGCGUUGCCGUGGCACCUAGAAGAUGCGGACGGGAAAAAUAUAUGGGUUGGAAGCUAUGUUGCCGCCCUUUCUGAAGCAAAUGUCGCCUUCAUGAUUGAUAAAUCGGUCUUUCGCAUGGUGCCUCUGGAGAAAUGGUACAAGUUCACAUCGAAACCACCGUUCCGAGCCCUCACCAUCGAUCAAGCCGAGGCCUACAUGAACCGAAAGGUCGACGUCGGUCGGUGGGUGAUGAAGGAUGAAGAGAGAAAGGCUGGUCAGAGUGACAUGGAGGCAACGCGUCAAUUGUUUUACGGUCGUGGUCAAAUGAUCAAGACGGAAAGUGACACGUUCCGUGCUGCGUCUCGGCUGGAAAAAAUUGACCACGACGAAUUGGACGUAUCAGGCGAUGAGUUCCAGGAUGACGACGAAGCACCUUAUGUUGACCGCAAUGAUGAUGAGGACGUCAAGGAAUCUAAGGAACGGAUUCGCCGUGAGCAGCUUGGCGCGAACCUGUUUGGCGACGGUGACGAACAGGAGGUCGACAAGGAAUUGCAGGAGCAAUUGCGCGAAGUACUGGAACGACAGAAGUAUGGAAAAUCCACGAAGAAAGCUUUAAUAAAACGGGACCGCGAAGACAUAUACGAAAGCGACGACUCGGAGGAAAACCCCUGGAGCAGUUCUUCCGAAGAUGAAUCCAGCGAUGACGACGACGAAGAGGGGAAAAUUGAAAACAGGAAAGACGCCGACAGCAAAGAUAUCCCGGCCGAGGCAAAAGAAAAAUCCAAAACAGGGGUUGUUAAGACACCCCUGCACAAGCAGAAGCAGGGUGACGUCGUGAAGACGGCGAAGUCUUUGAAACGUGCCGGCUCUCCUACGUUAUCUGAAUCAAGUGGUAACGAAUCGUCUCGGAAGAAGUUGAAGAAGACUGCCACUGCGGCUCUGAGCAGCAGGGCGGGUACGCCACUCUCACAAGCAAACCCAACCCGUCUCCCAAAGAUUUGGGGUGCUGGAUCUGGGAGUGAUGGCGAAGCAACUGGUGGAGAAAUAUCGGACGGUGGCGGUCCGCGGAAGAAAGUUAAUUUAGUUGCUGGCAGUGGGAAUCGUACUCCCGCAGCCUCGCGAGCAGGAAGCCCGAACCCAUCCCAAGGAGGUGCUUUACCUCCAUCUCAACUUGGUGGAGGAAUCGAAUCCUGGGAAAUUCUUGAGAAGAUCCCAAACGAGGGUAUCGCCAUCGGUGACCUGAUCAAGCCUUUCCAGGGUCGUGUUGGUGACAGGCCUGGGUUAAUGCCAAAGAGCGAAUGGAUUCAGCUAGUGAAGCAGCUGUGUGAUUAUGGCCCUGACAAACGUCUUCGACGAAGAAAGUGA